GAAUUUUCAAUUCCCAAAUGUGGAGGGGAUUUCUCCAUUCAGCGCACAACACACAUUUAAGAGAGGGAGAGACAUAAUUACAGAAGAAAACAAAAGAAUGUGCUUGGAUAAAGACGAAAUUUGAGUGAAAUUUUGUUAGCGGGGGAGCUCCUUCGGGCUGCAAGUAACGCCAUUGAUAAACCCAACAGCAAAAUCCGGGCCGAUUUGAGUUUCCUCAAAUGUCUCUCUUUCUAUUUUUCGUUCAACUCUCUCUUCCGCUCGGCGGUUUGUUUUUGUAUUAAACCCCAACCCCAUAUCCUUAAAAAGCCGCCUUGGGAGCCUUUCUAGCUUUUAUUUCUAAACGAGAGAACAAGGAGAGAGUGCUGUCCCUCUCUCUCUCUCUCCAUCUCUCUCCCCUUUCAUUUUCUUGAUUUGUUUGGAUCAUACCCAUUUUCAUCAUCGUUUUUAAUCGAUUUUGAGAUUUGGGUUUUGUACGAUUCCUCUUGUUUCCCUGCGCUCUCCCUCGUUUCAUCUCUGGAUUUAUUCAUUGGCGGAUUAAUUGGUGUUCAAGACUGGAGAAGCAACUGGGUUUGGUUUGUUUGUCAUCAGUAAUCACGUACUACUUACCUCUUGCCAAGCCAGGCUGUCUAUUGACAUACUCAUUAGGUGUCUACGAGAACCCAGAUGGUGAAAUGCUCAUCUUCAUAACUGGGUUUUAUUUCUCUCACUUAACUCGUCCCCGACUCACUGUUUUGAAUCGCCUUCCUCACCUACGCCCCGCAAUCAGUGAUGGGUGUUGCCCAUUUAUUGAAUAGAAUCCAAGCUUUGUCAUCUGAUGUACGAUCGUCUAAUGCCUUGUCAGAAGCAUUUGGAACGUUGCCAAUUUUGGAGCUCGCAUCAAUCGGCAUUAACUUUGCACUCUGUAUCUUGUUCUUCUUCAUUGUCGUAGCGAAGCGGAUAUCUGUUUUUGUUGGUCGCCUUGGCUUCGACAAGGAUGAUGAAUCUGACACGAAUGCAAGUCCAAUUCGGCGCAGGGCGGAUGGUGAAAUUCAUGAUGUUGACAUCGGUACCAGUUUCAAAAUGUCCGUUUCAUGUUGUUUCUAUGUGUUGUUUGUGCAAGUUUUUGUAUUAGCUUUCGAUCUCGUUAGUUCAAUUGGAGAUUCUGUUAAUGGGAAGGAGGAUAAAGGUUGGUCUGUGGUUUGCUUUCCGGUAGCUCAAGUUUUGUCUUGGUUUCUUUUGAGCUUUUUGGCCCUGCGUUGCAAAUUCAAGGCUUCGGAGAAAUUUUCAUUGUUGUUGAGGGUCUGGUGGUUUGUGUCAUUUGUUCUUUGUCUGUCUGCUCUGUAUGUUGAUGGAAGAGAAUUGUUUGUACAAGGUCUGAAACACCUGCGUUCCCAUGUUGUUGCAAAUUUUGCUGCAACUCCUGCCGUGGCUUUCCUUUGUUUUGUGGCUGUUAGGGGGGUUACUGGUAUAAAAGUUUAUAGGAACCCUGAUCUUCAAGACCCAUUGCUUCUUGAGGAAGAAGAACCUGGAUGUCUCAAGGUAACCCCUUACAGUGAAGCCGGGCUCUUUAGUUUAACUACGCUUUCUUGGCUGAACCCUCUUCUCUCAAUUGGUGCGAAAAGACCACUUGAACUCAAGGACAUUCCCCUUCUUGCACCGAAAGAUCGAGCUAAAAACAAUUAUAAGGUUUUGAACUCAAACUGGGAGAAGUUGAAAGCAGAUAAUCCUUCCAAACAGCCUUCUCUUGCUUGGGCCAUUCUGAAGUCUUUCUGGAAGGAGGCAGCUUGUAAUGCCAUCUUUGCUGGCCUGAAUACUGUGGUUUCGUAUGUUGGUCCUUAUAUGAUUAGCUACUUUGUCGAUUACUUGGGGGGGAAAGAAACUUUCCCCCAUGAAGGAUACAUUUUGGCUGGAACAUUCUUCAUAGCGAAGCUUGUGGAAACUCUGACAGCGAGACAGUGGUAUCUUGGGGUAGACAUUUUGGGGAUGCACGUGAGAUCGGCUCUCACAGCAUUAGUAUAUAGAAAAGGCCUUCGGCUUUCCAGCACUGCUAAACAGAGUCAUACCAGUGGAGAGAUUGUGAACUACAUGGCUGUUGAUGUGCAAAGGGUUGGAGAUUACUCAUGGUAUCUUCAUGAUGCUUGGAUGCUCCCUAUGCAAAUCAUUCUUGCUCUAGCUAUUUUGUAUAAGAACGUUGGAAUUGCUUCUAUUGCAACAUUGAUUGCCACCAUCGUCUCCAUUCUUGUUACCAUUCCAAUAGCUAGAAUACAAGAGGAUUAUCAAGACAAAUUGAUGGCAGCCAAGGAUGAUAGGAUGAGAAAAACUUCUGAGUGCCUAAGAAGCAUGAGGAUUCUGAAGCUGCAAGCUUGGGAAGUCAGGUAUAAAGCGAAGUUGGAAGAGAUGCGGGGUGUGGAGUUCAAGUGGCUCCGAAAAGCUCUUUAUUCGCAAGCCUUCAUUACUUUCAUUUUCUGGAGUUCCCCAAUAUUUGUGUCUGUUGUUACUUUUGCCACCUGCAUAUUGUUGGGUGGUCAGCUGACUGCAGGCAGUGUUCUUUCUGCUCUAGCCACUUUUAGAAUUCUCCAAGAACCACUUAGGAAUUUCCCUGACCUGGUGUCGAUGAUGGCUCAGACAAAAGUUUCUCUAGACCGAAUUUCUGGACUACUGCUGGAGGAAGAGUUGCAGGAAGAUGCAACUAUUGUCCUACCUCGAGCCAUGCCAAAUGCAGCCGUAGAAAUCAAAGAUGGCCACUUCUCCUGGGACACUUCCUCUCCAAGGCCAACUUUAUCAGGAAUACAAGUGCGAGUGGAGAAAGGGAUGCGUGUCGCCGUUUGUGGUGUUGUUGGUUCUGGGAAAUCAAGCUUCCUCUCUUGCAUCCUUGGGGAGAUUCCAAAAAUCAUGGGGGAAGUAAAAUUAUGUGGCACUUCCGCAUAUGUGCCUCAAUCACCUUGGAUACAAUCUGGAAACAUAGAAGAAAAUAUUCUUUUUGGAAGUCCUCUUGACAAACCAAAAUACAAGAAUGCUAUUCAAGCUUGUUCACUGAAGAAGGAUUUGGAGAAUCUUCCGCAUGGAGAUCAAACAAUAAUUGGUGAUAGAGGAAUAAAUCUUAGUGGAGGUCAAAAACAACGGGUUCAGCUUGCCAGGGCACUUUAUCAAGAUGCCGAUAUUUAUUUACUUGAUGACCCAUUCAGUGCUGUUGAUAUACACACUGCCUUAGACUUGUUCAAGGAGUACAUAAUGACGGCACUAGCAGACAAAACUGUCAUUUUUGUUACACAUCAAGUUGAAUUUUUGCCGGCUGUUGAUUUGAUACUGGUUAUCAAAGAAGGCCGCAUUAUACAGGCAGGAAAAUAUGAUGAUCUUUUACAAGCAGGGACUGACUUCAACACUUUGGUAACUGCUCAUCAUGAAGCUAUUGAAGCUAUGGAUAUUCCCAACCAUUCAUCUGAAGAUUCAGAUGAAACUAUGUCUGCCGAUGAAUCUCUGAAUAUUGGUAAAAAGUGUGAUCUUGUUAGAAAUAACAUUGGCGAUUUGGAUAAGGAAGUGCAGGACUGUAUAUCGGCAGCGGAGCAAAAGGCAAUCAAGGAGAAAAAAAAGGCAAAACGUUCUAGAAAAAGACAGCUUGUACAGGAAGAGGAAAGGGUAAGAGGCCGGGUCAGCAUGAAGGUCUACUUUUCGUACAUGGCUGCAGCAUAUAAAGGCUUUUUAAUUCCGCUCAUAAUUGUUGCACAAGUGCUGUUUCAGUUCCUACAGAUUGCAAGCAACUGGUGGAUGGCAUGGGCAAAUCCCCAAACUGAAGGGGACCAACCUAAAGUGACUCCCACGAUCCUCCUUGUGGUCUACAUGGCCCUUGCUUUUGGGAGCUCUUGGUUUGUAUUUGUUAGGGCUAUUCUGGUUGCUAUGUUCGGUCUCGCAGCUGCUCAAAAAUUGUUUAUCAAGAUGCUUACAUCUAUUUUUCGUGCACCCAUGUCAUUCUUUGACUCAACACCAGCAGGACGGAUCUUGAAUCGUGUGUCCAUUGACCAAAGUGUUGUGGAUCUUGAUAUUCCUUUUCGACUUGGUGGGUUUGCUUCGACAACAAUACAACUUAUUGGCAUAGUUGGUGUUAUGUCAGAAGUUACCUGGCAAGUCUUGCUUUUAGUCAUUCCCAUGGCUAUUGUUUGUUUGUGGAUGCAGAAAUACUACAUGGCUUCAUCAAGGGAGCUUGUUCGUAUUGUCAGCAUCCAGAAAUCUCCAGUUAUAAAUCUAUUUGGCGAGUCAAUUGCUGGAGCAGCGACAAUACGAGGUUUUGGUCAGGAAAAACGGUUUAUGAAGAGAAAUCUUUAUCUUCUUGAUUGUCAUUCUCGCCCAUUCUUCUGCAGUCUUGCAGCUAUUGAGUGGCUCUGUCUGCGUAUGGAACUGCUCUCCACUUUCGUCUUUGCUUUCUGCAUGGUUUUACUUGUCAGCUUUCCUCAUGGAAGUAUUGAUCCAAGCAUGGCUGGCCUUGCGGUAACAUACGGUCUAAAUCUAAAUGCUCGCCUGUCACGGUGGAUACUCAGCUUUUGCAAGCUUGAGAACAAGAUUAUAUCUAUUGAAAGGAUUUAUCAGUACAGCCAAAUUCCAAGUGAGGCACCAGUACUUAUCGAGGACUCUCGUCCUCUUUCCACGUGGCCUGAGUAUGGAGCUAUUGAGCUUACUGACCUGAAGGUUCGGUACAAGGAGAAUCUUCCUUUGGUGCUCCGUGGUAUAACUUGCAGCUUCCCCGGUGGAAAGAAGAUCGGGAUUGUUGGUAGAACUGGAAGCGGUAAAUCUACUUUGAUCCAGGCUCUAUUCCGAUUGGUCGAACCAUCAAGUGGAAAGAUAGUUAUCGACAAUAUCGAUAUUUCGACAAUUGGCCUUCAUGACCUUCGAAGCCGUCUCAGUAUCAUACCUCAGGAUCCCACUUUAUUUGAAGGCACAAUUAGAGGCAAUCUCGAUCCCCUUGAAGAGCAUUCUGAUCAUGAUAUUUGGGAGGCACUGGAUAAGUCGCAGCUAGGACAGAUGAUCCGCGACAAGGAGCAAAAACUUGAUACACCAGUGCUUGAAAAUGGUGAUAAUUGGAGUGUAGGACAGAGGCAACUCGUGGCGUUGGGCCGUGCACUAUUGAGACAAGCCAGAAUACUUGUUCUCGAUGAAGCCACGGCAUCUGUCGAUAUGGCCACAGAUAAUCUCAUCCAGAAGGUUAUUAGAACAGAGUUCAGAGACUGCACCGUGUGUACAAUUGCACACAGAAUUCCGACGGUCGUUGACAGUGAUCUGGUGCUGGUACUAAGCGAUGGUAGAGUUGCAGAGUUCGAUUCUCCGGCACGACUAUUUGAGGAUAAGUCAUCGAUGUUCCUUAAAUUAGUGACGGAGUAUUCGACAAGAUAAAAUGAAGCAAAGCAGAGGUUUUGUCGAGAUGGGAUGCGUGGAAACGACGUCUAUCUCAGUCGGGUGCAGGAGGCGGAAGGGCCAUAGCGGCCACUGCUGGUUGAGCGGGAGAUCUGCAUCUGCAUCUGGCAGCAACAGGAAAAGGAAGGAAAGAAUAAAAAAAAGAGAGGGGAAGGGGGCAGCAAGGGUUAGACAAAGAAGGCGUUGUAAAUUGAAAGAGAGGUUGUUGAUGUUUUAUGGAAUGAAUGAUUCAUUCAUGGUUAGGAGGAAUUAGAAUGAACAAUAAAUCAAACCCAUGUAUGCCACAACAAUAAUUCACACCAAAGAAUAUGAGAGCGGCCAUGGUUUUUUUUCCCA